CCGAGAAUGCAGGUGCGAUGACUCCCCGUUAAGAUUAGAGCAGCGGCGCACAGGUGAAGCGACGCUUCCCAUUGUGCGACCAUGGAGCUGCUGUCACUGCUUUGUGCGCUGCUGAACGUCUUGGCUGUGAACUGUCUGGAUGCUGCACAGGAGCGCAUAGUGGGAGGAUACGCACCAGUACCACAUUCUAUCAAGUACAUCGUGUCCAUACAGACCACGGACCGUCAGCACUUCUGUGGGGGAUCCUUGAUAAAUAAGUACUGGGUGAUCACAGCAGCACACUGCAACAGAGGACUAAACAACAUGGUGAUAAUAGCGGGAGAUUACUCUCUGUCUAUCUACGAGGGCACGGAGCAGGAGAUCACGCCCCACCUCCUGAUCCCUCACCCCGGCUACAACAGCAGCACCAACGACCACGACAUCAUGCUGAUCAAGCUCAGGGCCCCCGUCUACCUGGACGGCUACGUGUCCAUCGCGCUGCUGCCCCGGCAGGGCGCCCCCGCGGCGGAGGGCGGCCUGUGCCGGGUGUCGGGCUGGGGCUACACCAGCUCCGUGGGACAGCAGAUCCCCUCCACGCUGCGCACCGUCACGGUCCCCGUCGUGUCCGCGGAGCGGUGCAACGGCAGCGGCGCGUAUAACGGCAGCAUCACGGACAACAUGCUGUGCGCUGGCUACACCGCGGGGGGGAAGGACGCCUGUGAGGGGGACUCUGGGGGUCCGCUGGUGUGUGAGGGCCGGGUCUACGGUGUGGUGUCCUGGGGCCGAGGCUGCGCUGAAGCUCAGUAUCCUGGAGUCUACACGGCUGUGUCCAGGUACCGUCGCUGGAUAGACAACACUAUAUUCAGCUACUACAGCAGGUGUAGUAAUGGUUAGAAUGGGACACAUGGACCGCUCAGCUGCUGCUUUACUAACCUGCUCCGACGUAACAUGUACUGUACUGUAUGUUCAUUUUAUCACAUGCACAUUUCAUAAGAUGAUGGUGUGUUCAGGGAUUAGUUCAGCAUUUUGGGAUUGUUGGCAUUGUUCCUUUAAUCUCUCCUUUGGAUGCUACUGUAAAUGAUGCAUGGAGCUCAACCAGAAACUGGAAAUCUAAAUUUGGGCACCUUUACAAUGCACAGGUUUUGUUGUUUGUUUGCAUUUUGCCAUGAUGACAACAUUUCUCCCUUUCUUUUGCUUUCCCAUCGCUGCAUUUCCCAAAAUGUUGCUUUAAAAUUGUCAGGUUUGAGCAUUUAUUGUAUAUGUUAAUGAUCUGUUUUAGGCAUUAAAAAAAAAACACCUCACAGGAUUAUCCACCAGUCCCACUAACGACCACAUCAUUACGUCAUCCAGAAUGAGGUGCCAAUCACUGCUUGAACUGUUCAGUAUCAGUGCCUCCAAAACCUUCAUGUCCCAAUGAAGCGCUCCCACAGCUGCAAUGCAAUAUUUAAUACAAAGAUGAAAAAACAGUAAAACACCACACAGGCUGGUCCAUUCGCACAUCAGCACCAUUAGUAACAUGUAACUGGUGCUUACAUGUUUAGUUAGACUGUAGAUCAAAUCAUUUAACGUGAUGGGGGGUUUAUUUGGGGUCUGGGUUCAGUCGUCGGGUUUUCUUGGGCUUUGGGUGGGAAUGUACUAACAUAAGAACAGAAGUCCGUUUUUCUGCCUGUUUAAAAUAAAAAUAUUUGUUUUCAUUAAAACACAGUUUGUGAAUUAAUUGUUGAUGAUUGCAUAAACAAAAACACAACGUAACAUUUCCUGUUGUCUGGCAUUACAAAACAAAA